AUGGAGAAUGGCACAGGAGACGAGCAGAACCAGACGGGGCUGCCACUGUCAAGUCAGGAGAUCAUUACAGCUGAAUACCAAGUGGUGACCAUCCUCUUGGUCCUCCUCAUCUGCGGGCUGGGCAUCGUGGGCAAUGUCAUGGUGGUUUUGGUGGUCCUCAGAACCAAGCACAUGAGAACCCCCACUAACUGCUAUCUGGUGAGUCUGGCCGUGGCAGAUCUCAUGGUGCUUGUGGCUGCAGGACUACCCAAUAUCACAGAGAGCCUGUACAGGUCCUGGGUGUACGGCUACGUCGGGUGUCUCUGCAUCACUUAUCUCCAGUACCUGGGAAUCAACGCUUCUUCUUUUUCCAUCGCUGCCUUCACCAUUGAGAGGUACAUAGCCAUCUGCCACCCAAUCAAAGCUCAAUUCCUAUGCACUUUUUCAAGAGCCAAAAAGAUCAUUAUUUUUGUUUGGGCUUUCACCUCCAUAUACUGUAUGCUCUGGUUUUUCUUGCUAGACCUGAAUACAGUAGCCUACAAAGAGACUACUGUUGUGUCCUGUGGCUACAAGGUCUCCAGGAGCUAUUACUCUCCUAUCUACAUGAUGGACUUUGGUAUAUUUUAUGUUGUGCCAAUGGUAUUGGCGACUGUCCUCUAUGGCCUGAUUGCUAGAAUACUGUUCCUGAACCCCAUCCCUUCAGAUCCAAAAGAAAACUCUAAGACCUGGAGGAAUGAUGUGGCUCACCAAAGCAAGCCUGUGAAUUCCAAGAUGACUAACAGGAGUUUCAAUAGCACUAUUGCUUCUCGAAGGCAGGUUACCAAGAUGCUGGCCGUGGUUGUGAUCCUGUUUGCAUUCCUAUGGAUGCCCUACCGCACUCUGGUUGUUGUAAAUUCCUUUCUUUCCAGACCCUUCCAAGAAAACUGGUUCCUGCUAUUUUGCAGAAUCUGUAUUUAUUUAAAUAGUGCCAUCAAUCCUGUAAUUUACAAUCUCAUGUCCCAGAAAUUCAGAGCAGCCUUCAGGAAACUGUGCAACUACCAGCAGAAACAGGAGAAGAAACCUGCUAAUUACAGCAUGGCCCUAAAUUACAAUGUCAUCAAGGAUUCUGAUCAUUUCAGCACUGAGCUAGAAGAUAUUACCAAUACCUACCUGUCCUCUGCAAAACUGUCCAUUGGUGAUACGUGUUUGUCAUCCAAGGUAAUAGUUAAUACAUUUCAGUGUCUGCUGUGGGUCCUCCAGAACCAGAGCACCUUGCUGGCCUGA